GGCGAGAAUAAAUGAAAGGCAAGAACAUUAUGGUGCGGACAAGACUUCGCGAGUAAGGUGGCUGCCGAUAGGGGUUUAGUGUAUGUAACAUUGUUAUGUACGACGCUCCUUCCGACCCGUAAUCCGCAAAAACAGCACCGUGAAGAAUCAUUGCAUUCUUCUUCAUCAAGUUAGAUCCGGCGAAGCAAUACAAAUCAAGGUCAGUUGCCUAACAUUCUUCAGUAUCAGAAAUUAAAUUCAACAAUCCAGCACACAAUCGAAAAUAAAUAAUUACUACAGUAAGUUGGUACAUAGCAUCGAUACUCACUGUCCAUUUCCAUCCUUUUCCCAGCUCCCGAGGGAAAUUCGAUAUUCGAUAUGGAAAUUCGCACUUCCAGAUCGUAGGAUUGUAUUCUUAAAAGAGUAUGCUAUUUCUCGUUGUGAGCACGUGAUGGUCAUAGUACGCUCAGAUAUGGCUGUACCGGAUAGAUACAAAGACGGCGCUCUCCCCGAUUCAACUAAAAGUCUCUGCAUCGGUAUGGAUGGCGUUCUGUCGCAGGAUGUGAAAGAUUUGGAAGAAGUUCGGGCACGCAUCAAGCAUGAUAAUCAACAUGGUUUCUCGUCCAAUGCACAAAUUCCAAACCUAUUGCUUAUUUGCAAGGAAUCAUACAAUAUCGCUUCCAUAAGAUACAAACGAGCAUUUCCGUCUGUUGGAGCUUUUGCUGAGACUUACUUCGAUUACGAAAGAGACAUAUUAUUAACUCUUGGGGAGCAAUUGAUAUGCACAUGCGGCUGGCAAUGCCGUGAACCUAUAACGUCAUCCGAGGCAUGGAAAAUUCGUCAUGUUGCCUUCCAAUAUGAAUCCAUACUAAAAGGGUCCGAAUUUCCUCAAAACGAUAAGAUAGCUAAAACUUCCAAGAUUGCUAGACUAUUGACUACGCUCUACAAUGUUAAAAAUUUAACGAUUGUGAUUGGAGACUAUCGGAGUGAAGAUCACGAGAAUGGCAUAGCAGAGGGUUAGAGAGAAAGUGAGCUGGUAUUCUUCGAGCUAGUGGACAUCGGUGAAGCUCUGCGCAUGUUGCGUUCGCCUGUAACCAAACGUAGUGAUUUUUAUGGCGUAUGGCUUCCUGAGCAUUCUUUACGAAAUAAAUUAGACAUCGAUAAGAAACUCCUCUACGAGCUCCGAUCAGCGAGCCGCGCAAAGGGCCGAAAGUUGAAGAUGCCAAGAAUCAAAUGGAGGAAUUUAACGACUGCCACGUCCAAAAGGAGGUUCGGAAAAUUGCUAGAAGAAUACGAGCUACGCACCGGCGUGACCUGCUAUAGAAUUCCAAAAAUUCACAGUAACACGUUUGAUCUGAGUUCCUGAUAUCAUGUAAAUAAACCAAUUUUGCCGGACAGACUCGUUAAUUUUAACGCCGUACUUUGCAUAGUUUCAAUCCUUGGAAGGAACUCAGGAACUAAAACAUUGCUAUCGGCGGUCUAAAAUUCGGAAGUGUUGGACACCCUCGUCUGAUAUCCAUCUUGGUUUCUAUAUCCUACGCACCGGGUAUGGUAUGUGAAAGAAAUUACCUUUGAAUACCACGAUCUUUUGUGUGCUAUUGUUUUUGAGGAAGGUGAUGGAGGAGGAUUAUGGCUAUACCCGUCUUGAAUCAAGAUUUAUGCAGUCCUAAAGACCA